AUGGGGAAGGACAUAAGGUCAUUCCCUCUUCCCGAGAUCGAUGAGGCACAUGAUACGGCCAGCGGUGUGCCUAGGGAGAUCUUCGAGGAGUCCACCAUCGAGCUCAAUGUUGAGGACGCAACUCUGUUGGACUCCCUCAACACUGAGCAAAGGGCUGCCUACGAUGAGAUUCUAUCUGCUGUCGAUAGCGACGAGGGUAUAGUGUUCUUUGUGGAUGGACCUGGAGGCACCGAGAAGACUUUUUUGUACAAGGCAUUGCUCGCAAUGAUACGCGGCUUCACGAAACAGAGUGAGAUUGCCAAGCUUCUACAGACUGCAUCACUCAUUAUUUGGGAUGAAGCCUCCAUGACUAAGAGACAGGCAGUGGAGGCGCUGGACAACAACAUGCGUGACAUAAUGAGCCGACCAGAACUGUCGUUCGGUGGAAAGACGGUUGUGUUUGGUGGAGAUUUCAGGCAGGUCCUUCCUGUUGUCCGAAAGGGGUCAAGGGCUCAGAUAAUUGAUGCGUUGUUACAUAGGAACAUUGACCCUGCGAACGGGCUUUGCAACGGUACGAGGCUGGUAGUCCGGGGGUUCCAGAGAAAUGCCAUCGAUGCAGAGAUUAUGCUAGGGCAACAUGCUGGAAAGAGGAUUUUUCUGCCUCGAAUUCCCCUGUGCCCCUCUGAUGAUGAGAUGUUCCCUUUUCAGUUCAAGAGGAAGCAGUUUCCUGUUAGGCUCAGCUUCGCCAUGACGGUCAAUAAGGCACAAGGGCAAACUAUCCCCAUCGUCGGUAUUUACCUGCCCGAGCCAGUAUUCUCUCAUGGUUAG